AUGCCAAACAUGAUGAACGCCAUGCCUGGUCCCGCUGGUUUCCCUGGUGUCAUACCGGGGAUGCAGCAGACCAUGAACGCGCCCCUUCCUAACAUGCACGCUCCCGGCAUGCCUGGCAAUCGCCCUCAAGCUGGCGACAUGAGAGGUUUCCCACCUGUUGCCAUGCCUGGUGGCCCUUCCAUGCCGGGAGGGAUGCAGGCGAAUCCGCAAGUGAUGCCUGGGAUGGCCAUGCAACCUAACGUGCCUCAGAACAUGAUGAUGAAUCCUGGAUUUAGCUCUCAGGCGCAAUGGAACCAACAGCAAAACAACGGGAACUGGAUGAACAAUGGUUUCCCGAGAGGAAUGGGGGAUCAGUUCAUGGCACCGAAUCAGAUGUCAAACAUGCAGAGCAGACAGCCUAUGGGCCAGGGAGGGCCUGGAGGACAGAUGGACCCAAAGAAGCCGAUGAGCAUGGUGCAAGUUGUUUCCAUUGAUAGGACAUUGGACCCUCCGUCGUAUUGCAUCCGACUGCCUGAUGGAAGGGAGAGAGAAACGGAGGCCUAUCGCCUCGAGAUCAUUCGACACGAAGAGCUCCCACCCGACGACUAUGAGUCCGAGGAAGAGAUGAAGCCGAUGCAACCUGGACAUGCUGCUCCUGUUCCCUAUGGCAACGCUGAUGCAAACGACGGCGCCAUCUAUUACUACAAUACGUUAAACGGCCAAACCACAUGGGACAAGCCCCCUGGUUUUGUGGAUCCACCCGUCGCCAGGUUUGCCGGAAAUGCUCCUGAACCAGACGAGGACGAGGACGAUGCCACGAUCGGAGACACAGGAUGGAGUCAGGCGAACAUGAGUGACGGAUCUUGUUACUACUUCAAGGAGACAGGAGAGACGACGUGGGACGUUCCUGAUGAGCAAGAAGGGCUGACGGGUCCCAUGAAGGUGGCUGAGUACCAACAGAACAAGAGUGCGUACCAAGCGGCCAUGAUGUCGAACCAGAUGCUCUAUCAAGGAGCUGACGCGAUGCAAGAGAGCGGGUGGACGGGAUACGCGAUGCCCGCAAACAUCCAGCACGACAGAGCGUUCAAUCAGGCGUUUAACGCUCAGGCAGAGGAACCAGAGGAAGGCGAAUCAGAAGAGUCUGCUGCUCGAGGGGGUGCUGGUCAACCGAAGCAGCAAAACAAAGUUGUAGAUAAGGAGGAGAAGAAGAGGAGAGAGGAAGAGAAGAAGAAGCAGGAGGAAGAGAGAGAGAGACUCGCUGCAGAACGGGCUGAUCUUGCAAGACGGAAGGCUGAGUUCAAAGAGAUGCUGCUGGAGAAAGGAGUCGUUCCAGGGUCCUCGUGGGAGAAGGAGCUGCCCAAGUUCUGCUUCGAGCCUCGUUACAAGGAGCUGCUGGACAGCGUGGUGGGUCCUUGGCUGUUUGACCGGAAGACGGUCUUUGCGUCGUUGACGAGGUCCGACGUGAUGAGGUACAAGGAGAAGGAGCGCAAGAAGAAUGCUGCUCUCCGUGAACAAGCGCUGGAGAUCUUCAAGGAGCUCUUGAACCAGCCUUCAGUCACAGCCGCCACGACGCUCGACUCGUUCUGGGAGGAGAUCCAGUCGGAUGAAAGACUUGCGAUCUUGGAGAAGACCGACAAGAAGUUCAUCAAAAUGCUGACGGGAGACACUGAGCUCAAUCAUGAAUCCAAGUGGACAGCUUACAAAGAGAAGCUGCAGGAGAUGGAGAAGGAGGGAAAGCUUCCUUCAUCCUUGUCCGACCUUGAUAUGGAGGACAAGGAGAGGCUGUUCCGGGAUCAUAUCAAGCAGUUUCACCGGGAGCCUCCAGCUUCUCAUGGAGACAAGGCGAAUGGAGGCCAGAAGGACUCAACCUCUGACCGAUCCGACGACGAUGCCAAAGCAAGAGGACCGGGGGAGAGGGAGAAGCAAGUGGGAGAUGAGAUGUGGGGAGAGCCCAAGAAGAACUACAAGAAGUUGUUUCUCUACUUGGUUGCAAAAUCCUUAAACGCGUUCUAUGAACUUCUUCAGGAUCUCAUCAAGGAUCCCAGCAUGACUUGGACGGAUGCUCGUGAGAAACUAAGAAAGAACGAGCGGUAUCACAUGUGCGCGGAGGGGUUCACAGCGAUAGAGAGAGAGUCCAUGUUCUCGGAUCACAUCGAAAGCAUGCUGGACAAGAUCGGGGAAGAGCUUGAGCGGUUGUUAGACAGCAUGGAGGACGUCACCCUCUCCUCAAGGUCCACCUCGGGCUCCGGUGCUUCGCUGCUGACGUCAUCGCAGCUGGGAGGAGGUCAGCCAGAGGGCUCGAACCCCAAGGGAAGUGCUGAGCGACCUGUCCAGCUGUCAGCCAGCCGGCGGGAGCAGUGCUUCAAGAAGUGGAGGGGCGAUUUCAUCGCCAGGACCAAGGAGAGUCUGCAACAGAAGGUGUCUGAAGAGAAAGCUGAAGCGAUCCGCUCGAUGGACCUGACAGAUAAGGAGAGCUGCUGCCGCUUCGGAGGGGAGCUGCAGGACAUCACCGAGUGGAACCAGCUCGGAGCUCUUGGAGAGGAGCAACGGAACGAGAUCUUGAUUGCGAUCUUGACUGAUCUACAAGGAAACAAGAAACGAGAACGGGAGGACAAGGAUGAAGUCGAGGUGGAGCAGAAGAGGUUGAGGCCAACAGAAGACGCGAUACAGGACAAGCAGGAGGAGCAGGGGGAGCAGGAGCAUUCUUGA